AUGGCAUAUCAGAGGAAUGGGUUUUUACAUAAGGAUGGAAGAGUAGUGAUCCUGAAAGCAGCAUUAGAAGUGGAGAGGAUUCCUGAACCUCCUGACUCAAAGGAGCAGGGGUUCUACAGAGAAACUAGAAAACAAAACCGGGCGGGCGUGGGUGAUCUCCGGCCUGACACUGUGGAGGAAGGGAUAGGCGACAACUUGGACGGUGUGAGCACCGAGCGCCUUAAACUGGAGUUACUGGAAGAAAUCCACCUGAAGGAUAUAGUGCAACUCUCAGUGAUUGAAAUAAGACACAAGAUAGUGGAACUGGAAGCCAAACUCAAUACUGACGAUGAAGGUGGUGAAUGGAAAACCCAUUAUGAGACACAACUUGAACUAGAAAAGCAAAUUGUUUCUCUCAAAGAGAAAAUGGAAGAAACCCGUGGAAAUCCUUCAGCCAGACUGUCUUUUAUUUGAAUCCAUGAACAGAUGCCGGUGGAAUCCUUAAAUGCAUUACUUAAAGAACUAGAGAAAGAAAAAAGGAGUCUUGAAAAUCACGUGAAAGACUACGCACUGAGACUGGAACAAGAGUCAAAGGCUUACCACAAGACCAACAAUGAGCGCCGUACAUACCUUGCUGAAAUGUCUCAGGUCUCUGGCUCAUCCCAGGUUUCUAAAAGGCAACAGAUGGAUCAACUGCCUAGAAUGAGAGAGAAUCUAGUGAAAACAGGAAGAUGUAAUUCAGUUACUCAGAAGACAAUGAAUGCCAUGAGAGGAUCAGUGAAAAAGAUUUCAAGAUCAAACCAUCUUCCAAAACUUAAUCUGUGA